AGAUGACAUUUUAGUAUAUCGCCAUGUUUACAUACAUUACAGAGUGAUUAAGGUUAUGCCACAAACUACUUCACAAAAUAUUGAGUUUUUAAAUCACGAGUUUCGAAUGAAAUAACGAAAUCACGCGACGACCCGGAAGAAGUUUACACCACUGUUCAGUUUGAUGAUCUGCAUCUCGAGAAUAUUUCCGAGUAAAGCCGAACUCUCCGAGUCCGAAGAUGCCAGCAGCAGACGACGCAUGUGACAGCGUUGUGGACAACAUCUGCAGGCUCACUCCAGACUUGUUAGCAGAACCAUGUCAGCACAUUCUGAGUUAUCUGCAAGGGCAGACGAAAGGAGUUGAUUCAGCUGAAAUGUGUGAUAUAUUUCAGCGAGCCGGAGUCACACUUGACCACGAAUCUUUACAGAGCGUCGUCAGAUUCCUCUUGUUAACGUUCAGGUCUGCUGGGAAGAGCAAACUGUCUGCAGACGACCUGGUGUCACGACUAGAAGAAGGCAGCAACAAGUGGACCAAAGAGUCACUCCAGGCGCUUCACAGCUUGUGGAGUGAACACGGCCACUCGGUACAAGUCCAGCCGGUCGCCCAGGACUUGCUCAGCGUCGGUCGGCUGGUGGACAUGCAGUGGAAGCUGGGCAUGGCGGUGAGCUCCGACACCUGCCGCUCUCUCAACUCGCCCUUUGUCACCGUUCUACUGAAGAUCGCCGAGCCGUCGGGCCAGAUCGGCCAGAGGGCUUUCGAGAUGACCGUCCCGCAGUUUCAGGUAGGCGCCAGCGCAUUCGCUAUCACUGAUUCCGACCUAACGUCUUGUUACCCCACAGAACUUUCACAAGCAGGUGAAGGAGCUGGCGGCUGUCAUGGAAACUGUUUGAUGGCAAAGGACUGCAAAUGCCAACGUUUACUGUUCUCUCACAUUUUCAUACUAGUGAAUGGAUGUUUUGUACUGUUUGAGAUUAGCUUCAUUCACCAAAUCGGCGAUGUCACAUUUCAGAAUGUCAUAAAAAGACAUUACAAAUGAUUGUUAUUUGAAAGCUGUGGGAUCAGAAACGUGACUUGAUUGCGUCACCACGUGCUCAAAACGUCGUAGAUUGUCCAAGGUUGUCGGCACUUGAUUUCUUAAGACAAAGUAACAGCCUGUUGAGUCUCCGCUAAUCUUUCCAAACAACAUGAUUGGGGGAGGUGUAGUCUGACGCGGAAGUGCAAGUGCUUGUUUUGAAGAACAGUUCAGGUGGUGAACGGAGAUAAAGUACUCGUUGAAAGCGUUGUUUUAACAGUACAUCCACGAGGAGAAUUAACAAGUGGACAUGUUUUUUUUUUAUUGGACAGUAAUGAUGUAGAUUGUGGCUGUGAUAUCAAAUGCCUUUAUUUGUUGUCUAAAUAAAUCCAUUUAACCUUU